UUGCUUGAGGAAAAUUCAUUUUUGGAUUGACGUAUUCAUAGUGUUUGUACUUAGAGGUAGAAGAGGAAGCAAUAAACAAAAACAUGUCAUUUUGUUACAAGAAAAAUUGUUAUAUCGUUAUCUGUUUUCAAGUUAGCAAUUAUUUCGAGACCCGGAUGGUAAAUCGGGAAAGAACAAAGUAUAUCGUCAGUAAACUCGUACGUGUUUGAACGUGUUUUGCAGAACAGAAAGACGGACAGAAUGAGCGGCCGGCCUCACGCACAAGCAAAGUCUGGAAAGCCCUUGGAAAGCUCUAGAGGAAGAAAUGGCAAACAAGUACACCAGCCAACUGCUACUAAAGGGACGUCCAAACCGACACAGGGCGGAAGACCACGAACUGCUCAAACGAAUAACGAGGAAAUGAAAGAAAAACAAGCACGCAUCAAUCCAUCUUCAAAGGGAGCCGCUUAUGCUGAUGGCCCCAAUGGCUAUGGUCAUAAACAGACCAGAUAUGACGCCUAUGAUCAUUCGGCAAGGCCAGGUGAAUCUCACGUCCACCAGGACCAUAAAGCACAGGCGAUGAUACAAAUGCAACGCGCCGCAGAAGCCAGCAAGCAGUUGUUAUACGGUGUGUACGGCAAUUUCAUAUCCAUCCUUGAAGAGUACGAGGCUCGAACACACGAGGCAAAAGCUCGCAGAUCAAAAAUACCGAUACCUGACCAGUCCAGAAAAAACGUGGAUGAUGUCCAGAGCAUUGUGCAGACGCAACUGUUAUUGUUUGAAACCCAGCAAAGGGCAUGUCCAAAGGCGAUUAGUCAAAGCGUCAACAAAGAGCUAAGGCAAAGGACACUUCACUGGGUCGCCGUCAGGGAUGAACACAAGAUGCCAUACAGUGACACUGACAGAUAUAUCUGCCAACUGUAUGAAGUUCUGGCUAAGGGGAAAACCAAACAUGAAAUUCUGGAUCAACCUAGGGAGUCCGUCUCUGAAGAGACGAUUAAAAAAAACGUUCAGUACAUUUUUAAAGGGAAACAUGAAGCAAUGGAAAUUGACCAGGAAUUCAAAAAGGAUGACAAGAAAAAAGCAACAAGCCCAGAAACGCGCCGCUCGGGUCUGGAUGAUGCUUAUACGCGCGGUGCACAUCGAAUGACGCAGGUCAUGCCUGAACUAGUAGCGGUUCUUGAGGAAGAUCUUAAGGAGUUUGAAGGCGAUGGUAUUGAGGAUACAGAGUAAGACGACACUUUCAGCGACAAAGUGGUUAUGCAUGAUGACGUUCAGACUCCAUUAAAUGCUACUUCUUGUGUUGAAUCAUAACGAUACAGAAAAAAGUGGGUAAUGUAGCCAUCCCUGGACUGAACUGAAACUGUAUUAACUUGUUCUUAGUAUAAUAUAAUCAAUUAUGUUCGUGAAAAAACGCAAUGAAUAACAUUCCGUUCAUUCAGAAAAUAUAUCCAAACGUGUAUUAUGAUUGUUACGUUACUUGGUUAAUGCAUCUACAAUCUUACUGAAAACUGUAUUUAUUGUUAUCUGUAUUUUAUAUGUUUAAAGCGUAAUUUGUUAGUUUUGUUAUCAGUACGUUUCGCUCAUUCGGUCAAUGGUAGGUUUUUUAUAAUGUUAAUGUUGAUUGAGAAAUAAUAAUGGAAGUACAUGUAUCUAUUUUAAUUUUUAUAUUUUGUGUCUUGAGGUAAUUCAUAUUGAUUUAACUCUAAAAUAAAUAUAAAUUGAUCUUAAUUGGCAAUCCCAAACCCGUUCGAAUAUCAAACUAAUUCUAUAUAAUUACUGUGCAUAUCGUUUUGAUCAUAUUCAAUCAAAUGUCUUCAGAAACACGAAUAUUUUGCAUCGUGCUUGUACAUUUCAUUUGUUGAGUAUACACAAAUAUUUACAAAUAUGUUUCAAUAUUAAAUAAAUUGAAGUUCA